GUCACACAGCACAGAUAAAAGGGCAGAAACCGAGAUUCGAAGGUGCGCCUUUGAUGUUCUGAAGCCUACGUAUCUUUCUACAGGGGCCGCAAGUAAAGAAUAUUUACCAAGACGCCAGCAGUGCGUCUUGGUUCUUGUAAUUUGUUUUGGAAUCUUUAAAGUCGCAGUGCUUUUUAUUCGUCCUAUAUUUAAGAAUGCAGUUAGAGAAUAUUUUGCCCAGCGCAUCUAUCAAUUUGCCCAAGACUUUUUACAAUCUCUCUUCUUCAGAAAGUACUACGAAUAGCCCGGGGUCGACGCAGAUUGACUACCAAGAAGUGGAUAGAACGGAAUCCGAGGCAAAUAACGGGCCCAAGAAAUAUCAUAGUGCGGUUGGAAACGCAAUGAUGGGCGAGGGAGAGAGUGACCACUUCUCCGGGACUAAAACGGCUCCAGAUGGAAGAAAAAGUUCGCCAGUCAUCGGCGAAGAUGACCUCUCCAGCAGCCGUCGCUAUAACAUAGACGAACUCGGUUCUGACAGGUACUUCAUCUCUUCAACACAGCCCAGCACCGACGUGGCGAACCCAUGUUCUCUGUUCCCUUACGGACAGACCGGGACUGUGUAUAGUGGGUCAAACGGGUCUAGGUAUUCGACUUCACUGCAUUACGGAUCGGUCUUGCCACCGACAGGGUUUUCAUCAGCUGUCUGCGCCAGUAGGAGUCAAUUUGCUACAGGGUACCAGUUUGGGCAAGGUCCAGGAUGCCUGUACCCGCCGUACCCAGGAUCAGGCUCGGGACUCAGCUCAAUGCCUAUCCCAGGGUCAGCCGGAGGAGCAAGGGCUCAAGUUUAUUUGUGCAACCGUCCUCUGUGGCUGAAGUUUCACCGACAUCAGACGGAGAUGAUCAUCACCAAACAGGGCAGGCGGAUGUUUCCCUUUCUUAGUUUCAACAUCACUGGACUGAAUCUAACGGCACAUUACAACGUCUUUGUGGAGGUAAUUUUGGCCGAUCCAAACCACUGGCGUUUCCAAGGAGGUAAAUGGGUGACCUGUGGAAAGGCUGACAACAACAUGCAAGGAAAUAAAGUGUACGUCCACCCUGAAUCUCCUAACACCGGGGCCCACUGGAUGCGACAGGAGAUCUCCUUCGGCAAGCUGAAGCUAACCAACAACAAGGGCGCCAACAAUAACAACACCCAGAUGAUUGUCUUGCAGUCGCUGCACAAAUAUCAACCGCGGCUUCACAUAGUGGAAGUUACUGAGGAUGGUGCAGAGGACAUAAGCAACGAAGCGAAGACUCAGACCUUCACCUUUCCUGAGAACCAGUUCAUUGCAGUCACCGCUUACCAGAACACAGAUAUCACACAGCUGAAGAUUGACCACAAUCCCUUCGCAAAAGGCUUCAGAGACAACUAUGAUUCGAUGUACACGGCCCCAGAGAGCGACAGACUGACGCCCUCCCCCACGGACUCCCCCCGCUCCCACCAGAUUGUGCCGGGGGCGCGCUACGCCAUGCAGCCCUUCUUCCAGGACCAGUUUGUCAACAACCUGCCCCAGAACCACCGCUUCUACACGGGUGAGCGCGCCGUGCCCCAGACCAACGGCCUGCUUUCCCCACAGGGUGAGGACGCGGCGGCCGCUGCCGCCAGCGCCGCCUCGGCCCAGCGCUGGUUCGUGGGCUCGGUCCAGCAGACGGGCUCGUCGGCCAAGCUGGACCUGCCGUACGAUGGUGAUUACUCCACCUCGGGCCUGCUCUCCUCGUACGGCAUCAAGCCCCUGCCCCUGCAGUCAUCCCACGCGCUGGGCUACUACCCGGACUCGGCUGCCUUCAUGGCCGGCUGGGGCAGCACCCGGGGCGCGUACCAGCGGAAGAUGACCACGGGCCUGCCCUGGUCCCCGCGGCCCAGUCCCCCGGCCUACGCCGAUGACCCGCUGGCAGCCAAGGACAAGCUACAAGACGAGGGCACCACGGCUGUCGCCGCCACCACCACAGCCGCCGCUGUGGGUGUUGCCGCUGCUGCCACCUCGCCGUGGAUGGAGACGCCGCACUCGCUGAAAUCAGUGGACUCUACCGACUCGGGGGUGUACUCCAUGAUCUGCAAGAGGCGCAGGUUAUCACCGGGAGGGUCAAGCACUGACACCUCACCCACCAUCAAGUGCGAGGACUUGACCACCGAUGAAUAUAACAAAGACAACAACCAGAAAGGAAUGGGCUACUAUACCUUCUACACCAGUCCUUAGGAAUCGGAUGUGUCCAUUCUCACUCAAAUGUAUAGAUCCCUGCUAUUCUGUCUUUUACUUUUGUUUACAUAAAAAAGUGAUUCUGCCCUCCUAUUGCAUUUUUAGAAGUUUAUAAGAAGGUGCCAAAGCUAAGCGCCCUCCUAUUGUGCUAAAUGAAUCCUGUAUCUAAGUGACAGAUGGUUUUAAUUUUAUUUUAUUCCCAGAUGUAUUGUUUGCUUUAUCUUAAGCAUGUCCCAACAUUUUUAUAAUUUCAUUUGUUUUAAAUGCUGUGGAUUUCCUCUUAAAUUUUAUUUAAUAUCAAUUUGUUGUACAGUAUUUGUGCACUUUAGAUUGUGAUGUAUCUUGUACAAAUGGUCUACAUGGCUCUGUUAUAAAAUGAAUAAUAAAAAUGUGCUUUUCAUAAAGUAA